UCUAUCUAUCUAUCUAUCUAUCUAUCUAUCUAUAUACACUGUGUACAUGGCUAUCCAGACAAGGGACUUUGGUAAAGUUGCAUCAAAAAAGACCUUUGAUAUACUGGCAGCACUCACUGUGUUUUUUUACUUAUUGAUUUAUGCACCCUGCAUAUUUCACUUUGCAGUGCAUUAAUCAGUAAAUGUACUGAUUAAUGCACCCGAUUGUAGCUGAGAUAGUCACCAGCGACCCCUAAAGGGAAUAAGCGGUAGAAAAUGGAUGGAUGGAUGGGUGAUCAAAUCAACAUUUUCUCCUUCAGUGUACAUCCUGGUUUACUCAGGUGAAGGCCACUGAUCUUGAUUUCUUCUCCGAAUUGUUGCACGACUAAACAAGCCAUCCCAUUGAGCGUCAACCGGCAAUUGGAAAGGUCAUCUAUGCUAUCUUUUAUUGACUUUCUCUCUUGGUUUGGUGGAAAGAGCAUAUUAGGUGACAGCGCAAAGCUUCAUAACACGAUUGCUAUAUUCCCUUGAAGGUUUACAUCUCACCUUUUAGUACGGUUUGCCAUUUGCCAUUUAGACAUGGAUUCCUUUGGCUUGAUGACAAUUGGCGUAACACUGAUUUAUGUCCUGCUUGGCGAGAGGAUGGUCAAUGUGAGGAAGAUGUACAUGGCUACUCGGGAACAAGUCAAGAACCAUCUCCCCAACUGUGUUCCACUGAAGAAUCUAAAUAACGGUGCGGAGGAUAUAACUGUCUUUGGAGAUGGACUCGCCUUGAUAAGCUCUGGUUUGAAGUACCCAGGAAUACCAUCAUCAGAUGCUCCUGGAAAGAUCUUCCUUCUCAAUCUGAAAGACUCUGAGAUGGAACCAGUGGAGUUGCUCGUUUCCCAAAACUUUGACCUGAAGACAUUUAACCCUCACGGCAUCAGUGUCUACACAGACGCUGCAAAUGGGACAGUCUACCUGUUUGUUGUGAAUCAUCCUCACCACAACAGCCAAGUAGAGUUGUUUGAAUUUGUUGAAGAGGAGCGCUCCCUUGUUCAUCUAAAGACAUUCACACAUAAACUUCUUUACAGUGUCAACGAUAUUGUAGCAUUUGGAGUGGAUCGUUUCUAUGCCACCAAUGAUCACCAUUUCUCCAAUGAACUCAUUAAAACCAUAGUGGAGCCUCUUCUAGGUCAACCUGGGGCUAAUGUUGUGUAUUGCAGUCCAGAGACCGUCAAAGUGGUCUCUGAGGGGUAUCACUUUGCAAAUGGCAUCAACGUCUCACCAGACAAAAGACAUAUCUAUGUGACCGAUAUAUUUGCUCAUAAUGUGCAUGUGUUGGAGAGGAAAGACGACAAUGCAUUGGUCUCUGUGAAGUCCAUUCCUCUAGGUUCACUCUGUGACAACAUCGAAGUAGAUCCUAAAACCGGUGACCUAUGGAUUGGGUGUCUACCUAAUGCAUGGAAAGUUUUCCACUUUGAUCCCAAAGAUCCACCUGGCUCAGAGGUCGUCCGCAUCCAGAACAUUCACUCAGACGACCCAUUGGUGACUCAGGUGUAUGCUGACGACGGUCAUGUGAUCAUGAGUUCCUCUGUAGCUACGAUCUAUGGAAGCAAACUGCUCAUUGGCUCAGUCUUUCAUAAAGCCUUAUACUGUGAAUUGGAGUAGGCAGUAAAACGUCAUUGAACAGACAAAUAAAAUCUACAAAAUACGCAUUUCAUAAGAAAAUCUAUGACCACAAUGCAGUUACAGUCAUUAUUUUUUACAGCCCUUGAGAGGUAAAUACAAGUGUGAUGUUACAAGUAGGGAUAAUCUUAAUAAUAGAUUAAAGGCCUACUGAAACCCACUACUACCCACCACGCAGUCUGAUAGUUUAUAUAUCAAUGAUGAAAUAUUAACAUUGCAACACAUGCCAAUACGGCCUUUUUAGUUUACUAAAUUGCAAUUUUAAAUUUCCCGGGAGUUUCGUCUUGAAAACGUCGUGUAAUGAUGACGUGUACGCAAAACGUCACGGGUUUUUAGGAAGUAUGAGCGCUACGCACACACACAGCUAAAAGUCGUCUGCUUUAACGGCAUAAUUACACAGUAUUUUGGAGAUCUGUGUUGCUGAAUCUUUUGCAAUUUGUUCAAUUAAUAUUGGAGAAAUCACAGUAGAAAGAUGGAGUUGGGAAGCUUUAGCCUUUAGCCACACAAACACACGGUGAUUCCUUCUUUAAAAUUCCUGGAGGUGAAAAUUUACUAUGGAUCAGAGCGCGGUCAAGCGAAAACAUGAAACACGACGGAAUGUCAACCAGCAGGUUUCGGUGAGAAAAUUGUGGUUAAAAAGUCGCUUCUUACCGAAGAAAAGCUGAGCUUGCCCCGUCCAUAGCUGCCGUCCACUCCCCUGAGACACUGCGCGUCAACACAACCACGAACGGACACCUACGAUCAUCAGGUACUAUUUAACUCACUAAAACACUAGCAACACAAUAGAAAGAUAAGGGAUUUCCCAGAAUUAUCCUACGAAAUGUGUCUAAAAACAUCAGAA